AACGAAUACGAAAACAAAGCACACACCGUCUUCUUGUUAUGAUUGUUUCCGAGAGAUAGAUACAGAAACAGAGUGAGUAGAUACAUACAUAUACACAUAACGAUCAAUGAAGAUCACUGCAUUACUGGUGGUAAAAUGCCAUCCGGCCGGUGCGGAUCCGGUGAUUCUAGCGAAUGCGACGGAUGUCAGCCAUUUCGGUUACUUUCAACGCCCCAGCGUUAGGGAAUUCAUCGUCUUCGUCGGCCGUACCGUCGCUAGUCGCACUCCUCCUUCUCAACGCCAGUCUGUUCAACACGAAGAGUACAAGGUGCAUUCAUAUAAUAGGAAUGGUCUUUGUGUCUUGGGAUUUAUGGAUGAUCAUUACCCUGUUCGAAGCGCGUUCUCUUUGUUAAACCAGUUAAUAGAUGAGUACCAAAAGAAUUUUGGGGAGUCAUGGAGGACUGUUCAGGCGGAUAACGCUCAACCAUGGCCGUAUCUAAAUGAAGCUUUGACCAAGUUUCAGGACCCUGCUGAGGCUGACAAACUGUUGAAGAUCCAGAGAGAACUGGAUGAAACAAAAAUUAUUUUGCACAAGACGAUCGAUAGUGUUCUUGCUCGAGGGGAGAAGCUGGACAGUUUGGUUGAGAAGAGUUCAGAUCUCAGUGCAGCUUCACAGAUGUUCUACAAACAGGCGAAGAAAACCAAUCAGUGCUGUACAAUAUUAUAGAAGAUUCUGAAGUGAGAGACUGGCCAAGCCAUUGUUUAUUGUUAUACUUUGAUGAAGUUAAAGUAAGCUAUGCUGUUUAUAAGGUGUUGUGUCGAAACAUCUGUUCUUUAUUCAUGUAUCCUAGCUUAUAUAAUCAAAGAAUAGUAUAUUGAUGAUAUUGGCAAGUUUAAAUGUAUCGGAUUAGAAUGAAUGCUUCAACUGGGUACUUGCUAAACUUGUUUGGUUUAUCAAAUUUUGGUUAUUCAUAA